AUGGGUCGCACUUUGGCACGAGUAACUGUAUUUUUAGUCUCAGUCUCAUUGCUGCUGUAUUCAAUAUUUGUUGCAACCGUUACUUUCAUCAAACUAAAUUUUACGGCUUCUCAUCUUAGCGAACCGCUUCUAAUAGGAUAUGGUGUAAUUUUCGUGAUUAUAGCUCCCUCCGGAUUAUGGGGAAUUAUUGGAUCUACUCAGAAUAAUUCGGAAUUAUAUGAUCGAUAUUUAAGAGAUCAUUGGUUUUCUAGUGGAGUUGUUACUAUAAUGGAUGGAAUAAAAAUCGUUCUUUCCUUUACAAUGAAAAAUGAUUCGAUAAAAACAUGUUUAACACCAACAGAUUCCUCUGAAGCUGCAAUUGGCGAAUGUCGUAGAAGGGUCGAAUUUAAUCAAAAAGCGGGUUUAAUUAUUUUCGGGGCGCAAGAAUUUUUUUUGAUUGUUCUUGGUAUUCUUGUAUGGUUUAGUUGUAAACGUAUUGCACGAAAAACAAAUGGAAAUGGCAAGGAGGUAUUAGAGCGACUUGAUUUAAACGAAUACAUUCCAGAUGAAUCAAAUGAUGCUUCAAUUAACGCUUACAAUCUAAGAGAACAAAGACAAAACCUCCCAUUAGAGAGAAUAGAUGUUCAACCACCUUCACCAUUUGCACAUCGUCGUCCAUCACAAUAUAUUAAAGGACAAAAUGAUCGACGAAAGAUCGAACAAAUCAAACCUGAACCUAUGCCAAAUAUCUUAAGGUCCCGUGAAGUUCAAGGUGAUCAAUACGAUGAUAGUGAUAAUGUACAAUAUACAACGCCACAACGUCCUCGAAGAACAUCAUACAAUCGGCAAAAUACGACGCCUAUUGAAUUACAAUCGCAACGACGAAUAUCAUCAGUUUCUCAAAGCAUGAAUUCAGUGGCUACAGUAGGUCGUUCAAAAAGUACGAGAAUGGCAACUCCCCUUGCUCGUUCGAAUAAUAACGUGUUACCUCCCCGAUUACCAGAAAAUCAACAUAUGCAACAAAUCAAUUUUCCGCAAGGAAUUCGAAAUAUAGUUCCUUUUGCACCACAUUUUAGUAGAACACCUCUACCACAAUUUCAAGCACCACCAAAUUUUCAACCUCCACAUCCAUGGCAACAACAAUGGCAACAGCAGCAUCUAAGGCAACAAAAUAAUAAUAAUCGGCAACGGUUUAAUGAUGUACCGGAUCCACCUAAAGAAGCUACCUUUCGGGCACACAGACGUUCAAGGAGUCAUCCUCAACUUCGUCCUCUUCCGGCUCCCCCAAUUUUAGAUAAUUCUACAAUUCAACAAGCUCGUUCUGUCCAUCCUCAAAUUCCUCAACGGCAAGCACCGACACCACAAAUAAUUGAAAAUGUACUAAUAGAUGAAUCAAAAGAUGAUAGUAAUAAUUCACAAAAGAUAUCUAAAGUUGCAAAACGAUUAUCAAAUUCAUCACGAUAUAAACCAUCCUUAUCGCCUGUAUUUGAAGAUAGAACUUCGAGGCUUCAUUUAUCACCUUUACAUCGUUCUAAUUCGCUACCAAAUUUAAAUGACCCUGAAGAUUUAAUGAGAAAUGAAUCAUUCUUAGCUCCACCCGUACCAUUAAUUCCAGCAAGCUUAUAUCCUGGUAAUACUAAUAAUUACAAGUCAAAUAUACAGGUACCUAAAUCACAAGCAUCAAUAAUAAAUCAAAAUAAUGCUGAUAAGCUUGAAAGAUUUAUUGAUGCGUAUGGGCAUAAGGAUUAUAAUAUGAAACCAGAAAACCUUCAAUACAAUUAUUCAGAUGAUAAUUAUAAUAGCUGGAAUACACGUGAAAAUGAUGAUUAUGUUUUCGAUAAAAGAAGACCAAAAUCGGCUCAUUCAGUGGGCGGAGAAGCUCGUCCUAAAUCUUCGGUUUCUUCAAUAUUUGGUGAAGAUAGUUGUUAUAACAAUCAUUAUUAUUAUGAACCAUCAAAUUACGAAAUGAAUCAAGGAGCGAUGAAUAAUUAUACUUAUCUCCAAAAUUUAGGUCCAAUAACCCCUGCAGAAUAUAAUAAUGGAGGAAAGUUUGUUCAAAAGUAUCCAGCAGAAAUAAGAGGAGACUAUGAUUGGGCCAAUUAUAAUCGACAAGGAUCACAAAAAAACUAUUAA